AUGGCGACUCAGACGGAAACCGUGGCCAAGGGCCUCCCAGCUCAAUCCUCACCCGACAUUGAGAAGCAGCAGGUUCUACACCAGGAGCACUCUCACGUACUGGACGACGAGAAGAGUCCUGCUGCGGCGGUCGACUAUUCUGGAGCCGCGGCCAAGAGUGAUCCUACGGAAAUUAAGCUUGUGAGGAAGUUGGAUCUCUGGGUCAUGCCCACGUUAUGGCUGAUGUACUGGCUCAACUACCUCGAUCGCAAUGCCAUCGCCCUAGCCCGCCUCAACGGCCUUGAAAAACAACUGGGCCUCAGCAGCGUCGAGUAUUCAACCAGCGUCUCCAUACUCUUUGUCGGCUACAUCCUCGGCCAGAUCCCGAGCAACAUGAUCCUCACCCGCGUGCGGCCCUCGUGGUACAUGGGCGGCUUCAUGAUGGCCUGGGCCGUCGUCAGCGCCCUGACCGCCGUCGUCAAAGACUACAAGGGUCUGGUCCUCACCCGGUUCUUCCUCGGCGUCGUAGAGGCGCCGUAUUACCCCGGCGCGCUGUACAUGCUGUCAAUCUUUUACACCCGGAAGGAACUCGCGACAAGGAUUAGCGUGCUAUACUCUGGUAACAUCCUGGCGACCGCGUUCGCGGGGCUGAUCGCCGCGGGAGUUUUCCACGGUCUAGAGGGCGUACAUGGUCUCGAGGGCUGGCGGUGGCUGUUCAUCCUCCAGGGCGCCGUGACGUUUGUCGUUGCCAUGAUGGCUUGCUAUUCGCUCCCCGACGAGCCUCUCACGACACGUUGGCUUACGCCCGAGGAACGGCAGCUCGCGCACGACAGGAUUGAGCGCGAUACCGUCGGUGCGCGGAUGCAGAGCAGUACCUGGGGCGGUCUUCGCGAGGCGAUUGUCGAUCCGAAGGUGUGGGUGUUUAUCUGGAUGCAGCAUUGCCAUCUGGCCACGAAUGGGUUCAAGAAUUUCUUCCCUACAAUUGUGCAAACGCUCAACUUUGACACGACGAUUACGCUGGUCCUGACUUGCCCGCCGUAUCUCAUUGCCGGCGUGCUCUCUAUUGUAUGGGCGUGGAGCUCGGGUCGAUUCAACGAGCGGACGUGGCAAAUUACCAUUUCAAAGGCCGUUGCCGCUUUCGGUUUCAUUCUGGCUUGCGUGACGAUGAAUACGGGCGCCAGAUACUUUGCCAUGACGGUCUUUACUGUUGGCACGUACGGCGUUAACUCCAUCCUGCUGGGUUGGGUUGGAAGCACGUGUGGGCAGACGAGAGAGAAGAAGGCUUCGGCGUUGGCGAUUGUGAAUACCAGCGCUAGCAUCAGCUUCAUUUGGACACCUUAUUUGUGGCCCACGUCAGAUGCCCCGAGAUAUGUGAUUCCGAUGGCCAGCAGCGCGGCGUUCUGCGUGGCCUGCGCCGCUGGCGCGUGGGUGAUGAAAUGGAUGCUCGUGAGAGAGAAUAGGAGAAUCCGGGCGAGCGAUUCGGAGGCUACGUUAUUUUACGCCCACUAA